AUGAUUUCACGUAUUGGCUUAGGUUUAGUUAGACCAACUUCCCGUUCAAUUGUUAACACAAGCAGACUCGCUAGCAGAUGUGGUGCCAUGAGAGGUAUUUCCACUGUCAAGGCUUCCCACGAACAAGAACAAGAAGUUUUAGUGGCACAACGUAAGAACAGACCAACCUCACCACAUUUGACUAUCUACGAACCACAAUUAACCAUGAUCAUGUCUUCUUUGCACAGAAUCAGUGGUGUGUUUAUGGCUGCUGGUUUCUACGCUUUAACUUGUGGAUAUGCUGCCACUUCUAUCUUGAACAUUCCAUUUGAUGCUGCUACCUUAGUUGGUGCUUUUGCUGGUUUACCAGUAGCAGUUAAGAUUGCAGCUAAGAGUGCCAUGGCCUACCCAUUUGUAUUCCACGCCUUCAACGGUGUCAGACAUUUGAUCUGGGAUUUUGGUAAGGAAUUAACUAUCAAGGGUGUUUACAGAACUGGUUAUGCUGUUUCUGCCCUUACCGUCAUUAUCGGUACUUACUUGACUUUCUUCUAA